AUGAUUUGGACCGUGUUUUUGCCAGCACUGGUGUCUGUGGCGUUUGGGAACCGGACAGACUUGCCAUUUUUUCACGGGCAUGUAUUUGAAAACUCAUCUCCAAGCUCCAGGGUGAACGGUCUGAGCGUCCCGGUGAAGCGGCUCAACUCACAGCGGCUUUGCGGAGCUGAGGAACCCGGCGCAGCGCACUUCAAACUCCUGGGAGAUGGGAGCGACAAAUUCCAUGUGUUGGCGCACCAUAAACGGGGACAUAUUCUGUUAAAGACGUCGGAGGUUUUGGACAGAGAGGAGCGCGCAGAAUACACUUUGGACGUGGGCUUGUGUUGCGCUCAAUGCGGGGAAGAGGACGCAGAGUUCAUCCCCGUAGUGGCGUCCAUCAAAGUGGACGUCUUGGACACGAAUGACCACCAGCCCGCUUUCCCCGCUGAGGAUGUGAAAUUAAGUUUAGACGAUGCCACAGCUCUCCGUACCGCUGUUUACACGCUCACAGCUCGGGAUGCUGACAGCGGGAAGAACGCAGAGCUCAUUUACUUUCUUUCGCCUAAAAAUGGGAGUUUUUACGCAGUGCCCAAAACUGGUGACAUCCUCCUUGUCGACUCAAUUCUAGGUCUGGAUGAACCUAUUAAGUUCAAAGUGUUCGCCAGGGAUCGAGGCUGGCCCCCACGCACCAGCAGGAGCGUGGUAGUGGAGGUCAGUCCCAGGCAGCGACCGCUUAAAGCCGGGAAAAAAGACGCGCAAACGGCCACGAGAAAGUCACGCUCUCUGUUGGAAUCUGACGAGCCCCUGCUUAUAAACGUGUCCGAAGACGCCGGUAUCGGGUCCGUGGUGAUGAAUCUAAGCCCGGUGAGGUUCCAGUCGGCCGUGUUUGAGCUGGUGGAACCGGAUCUGGAGAGCACCCCGGUGAGCGUCAGCCGCGACACGGGGGAUAUAAUCAUCUCGCGGAGACUGGACCGAGAGACAGAGCCGCUGGUGGAGAUAAGCGUGAAAGUUCAGGAUAAGAGAGGUCCAGAGUGGUACCUGGUGCGUGUGGAGCUGACGGUCACAGAUGUGAACGAUAACGUCCCAGAAUGGAGGAUGGUGCCCUCUCCGUACCUGGCUGUGGUCUCCUCCGACGCAGUGGGCGGGACUCUGGUCUACAAGCUGUACGCAGAAGACGGAGACGAGGGCAAUAAUGGAGAGGUGGAAUACUUCCUCUCAGACGGUGGAGAUGGGCGUUUUGAGGUGGACAGAAAGAGCGGUCAUGUUCGGACCACGGGACUACCCCUGCAGAGAGACAGGGAGUACCUCUUGACCGUAGUGGCUGCAGAUCGCCUCGGCAGCCGCAGUGCCCCGGUCGUGGUGUCCGUGGUGGCCGGAGAAAGACCACCUCAAUUCACCAACACGUCCUACACUAUCGCCAUACCGGAGAACACCCCGGAGGGACAGACCUUCCUGGUCACACCUGCCGUGUCCUUCCAGAAGAAACCAAUCGUCUACAGCCUGCUUAUCAAUCCCAGCAGUCUCUUCUCCAUCGCCGCGGAGACAGGGGAAAUCAGCUUGACCCGCCCUAUUGAUUACGAGAGUGACCAGCAUCGCUACUUGCUGCUGGUGCGGGCGAGCGAGGAACACGAUAGCAUGAGGAGCGCGGCAGAGGUGCGCGUGGUCAUUGUGGAUGAAAACGACUGUGUGCCAGAGUUCCUCCAGUCCAUUUACAGCAAAGAUGGAGUCCCCGAGACGGUCACCACGGCAACAUCUCUGUUACAAGUCUCGGCCACUGACUGCGACUCCGAAGCCAACGCUGAACUCACGUACUACACCCUGAGCCCAGACUUCUCCAUAUCCCCGCACGGGACUAUUUUCCCCGCCGGGCCCCUGGACUAUGAAAGGCUCAACCAUCUGUACGAGUUUGUGGUGAUGGCCAUCGAUAAAGGCGACGUGCCCCGGACAGGAACUACCACGGUUCGGAUCCGCAUGGCUAACGUCAAUGAUGAAGCACCCGAGUUCUCCCAGCACAUAUAUCGCACGUUUGUCUCUGAAGAUGCUGGGCCCAACACUCUGGUAGCUACAGUGCUGGCGAAGGACCCCGAUGGAGAUGGGAUCACCUACAAAAUAACAAGUGGGAAUGAGGAGGGCAACUUUGUCAUCGACAGCCAGAAAGGGCUGAUCCGUCUGCGCUCCAGUCCUCCUCCGCGCCUGCAGGGGGUGGAGUACGUCCUCAACGUCACGGCAACCGACGACAAUGCCUCGGGCGGGCCACAAGCGCUCUCAACCACGGCCCAGGUCAUUGUAGGAGUGGAUGACGUGAAUAACAACAAGCCCGUCUUUGAAAAGUGUCAGCAGUACAGAGAGUCCACCGCAGUACUGGAGAACCAACCGGCGGGGACGUUUGUCCUACAGGUCCACGCCGUAGAUGCGGACGAGGGCUCCAAUGGGAAAGUCACGUACGGCUUCAUGCACAAGGACUCCACCGUGCCAGCGUUCAGCAUUCACCCAGACACAGGAGUUAUUGUUACUGCUCGAAAGUUUGACCGUGAGCGUCAGCGGGAGUAUGCUGUCACGGUCACAGCCACAGACCAGGCAGCAGACCCUCUCAUCGGCAUCUGCCAACUCAACAUUCUCAUCCUGGACCAGAAUGACAACAGCCCAAAGUUUGAGAAUAUCCGUUAUGAGUAUUUUCUGCGUGAGGACACCAUGAUUGGGAACAGUUUUUUGCGAGUGGCAGCACAUGAUGAUGACUUUGGGACCAAUGCUGCGGUCACUUACUCCAUGUCUAAUGAGCAGCCGGAAUACCUCAGGGUCAACCCACUGACUGGCUGGGUCUAUGUGAACCAACCCAUCUCUCAGAGGACCUAUAUCACUCGAGAGAUUGUGGCCACAGACGGAGGGAAUAGGACUAGCUCUGUGGAACUUGCUGUGACUAUUACAAAUGUGAAGAACCAACCUCCGCAGUGGGAGAAGGACAGCUACAGUGUGGUCAUCCCUGAGAACACUGUCCGAGACACUCCUGUUGUGACAAUCAAGGCCACCUCACCACUGGGUGAUCCCAGAGUCACAUACAACCUGGAGGAUGGUAUGGUACCUGAAACCAACAUGCCGGUGCGCUUCUACUUGACCCCUAACCGGGAGGACGGCUCUGCCUCGAUCCUGGUGGCAGAACCACUGGACUAUGAGACCACCAGGAACUUCAUGUUGCGAGUUCGAGCACAGAACGUGGCCGCGGUCCCUUUGGCGGCUUUUACAACAGUUUACGUCAAUGUUACAGACGUAAAUGACAACGUGCCAUUCUUCACUUCAUCUAUUUAUGAGGCUUCUGUCACUGAGGGUGCUGAAGCAGGGACCAUGGUUUUCCAAGUCUCUGCCAAUGACCUCGAUUUGGGCCAAAAUGGCAAGAUUUCUUACUCUCUCUUGGAGGAUCGCAGUGGGGACUACCAGUAUUUCCGUAUUGACCCAGAGCUGGGAUACAUCCACACAAAGACAGUGUUUGACCGGGAAACCAAAAGCUCCUACCUUCUGGAGGUUCAGUCUGUGGAUGGGUACGAGUCUGCACGGCCAGGAAAACACGGACAGCCCAAUUCUGACACGGCAUAUGUUCGCAUCUUCAUCAGCGACGUGAACGACAACAAGCCGGCGUUCGCUCAGGCCUCCUAUGAAGUGGAUGUGGACGAGGACGCAGAUGUGGGCUUUGCUGUGCUCACUGUCAGCGCCAAUGACGGGGAUGAAGGUGGGAAUGCCAAACUGCGCUACCAGAUCACAUCAGGGAACACAGGAGGCGUUUUUGAUGUGGAACCGGAGGUGGGCACCAUCUUCAUCGCUCAGCCCCUGGACUACGAACAGAACAAAAGGUACAAGCUUCAUCUUCUGGCUUCAGAUGGCAAAUGGGAGGACUACACCAGUGUGGCAGUAAAUGUGGUGAACAAGAACGACGAAGCUCCCGUGUUUACCGUUAAUGAGUACUAUGGUAGCGUCACCGAGGAGCUGGAUGGGUCUCCUGUCUUUGUCUUACAGGUAACCGCUUCUGACCCAGACAAGGAUGCCGACCAGGAGGCUCUGCGCUACUCUCUCCACGGUCAGGGCGCAGACAGUGAAUUCAUAAUUGACGAGGUGACAGGAAAAAUCUACGCCCAACGAACUCUGAACCGUGAGGACAGGGCCGUUUGGCGUUUUGUCGUAUUGGCCACGGAUGAAAGCGGCGAGGGGCUUACCGGGUUCACCGACGUCAUCAUCAACGUGUGGGACAUCAACGACAACGCCCCCAUCUUCACCUGCGCUCCCAGUUGCCAUGGUGACGUAGCAGAGAACUCCCCGCCCGGGACGCUAGUGAUGGAAAUGACUGCGACGGACUUGGACGAUGCGGCAGUGGGGCAGAACGCCGUGCUCUCGUACAGGAUUGUGGGAAGUUUAGAUGCGACGAAUAUGGAAGUAGGAGGGCUGCCAACUUUCUCAGAUAUGUUUAGUAUAAAUCCGACAACUGGGACUAUCACGGUGGCGAUGAAUGGGUUGGAUAGGGAGCAGGUGGAGUCCUAUUUGCUGGUGGUGGAAGCCCGGGAUGGAGGGGGGAUGACGGGAACGGGAACAGCCAGCAUUCAGAUCAAAGAUGUGAACGAUCACGCGCCGAGGUUUACAGAUCACACCUGUAUGGCCAAAGUGUCGGAAAACGCAGAGCCAAAUUCUGAGGUGCUGGAGCUUGCAGCCGAGGACAGAGACACUGGGGAGAAUGCUCAGUUGACCUUCAGUGUGGUGGCUGGAGACCAGGAGCAGAAGUUCUACAUGAUCAGUCACAAGCAGGAGAAGAGGGGCACGCUGAGGAUCAAGAAAAGACUGGACUAUGAACGUCACAAUGAGCAGCGCUUUAACCUCACUCUGAAGGUUGAAGACUUGGACUUCUCCAGCCUGCUGCACUGCGUCGUAGAGGUGGAGGACUACAAUGACCACUCUCCCGUCUUCAUCCCGCACUUCCUGUCCCUGGCCCCGCUGCCUGAGGACAUUUCCGUGGGGACCAGCGUUGCACGCAUGGUGGCCAGCGACUCCGACUCUGGCCUGAACCGUGACAUUACUUACAGCCUGCUGGAGGAGUCUGACCCAGAUGGAUUAUUCACCAUUGACCAAUCAGGGCUGCUCUCCGUGGCCCAGCCUUUGGACCGGGAGAAAACGGCGCAGCAUCAGUUGGUUGUCAUAGCGACUGAUCACGGUACCCCGUCACUCACUGGAAGCGCCACGGUCCAGCUUCCCCUGUUGGACGUCAAUGACAACGGACCAGAAUUUGAGGCGGUGUAUUCUCCAGUAGUGUUUGAGAAUGUUGCUGGACCACAGGUAGUAAGGUUGAACCAAACUUCAACUCUCAUUCGCGCAGUGGACCAAGACUCCCUGGAGAACGGGCCACCAUUUCACUUCACAGUCCCGGCUGAAUAUCGCCAUAGCAACGAUUUCUACCUCCAGGACAACCUAAAUGGCACCGCGACCCUGACAGCAUUGAGGACUUUUGACCGUGAGCGGCAAAAAGAGUUUCUCAUUCCCAUUAUCAUGAGCGACAGCGGGCGGCCUGCCAAAACCGUGACAAGCACCCUGACGGUGACCAUCGGUGACCAGAAUGACCACGCACAUGUGGCCGGAGAGAAGAAAAUUUUCAUCAACAGUCACAGAGGUCGUAUGCCAACCACAGUCCUGGGAAAAGUCUACUCUCCCGACCCUGACGACUGGGAUAACAAGACAUAUGUAUUUGAAGGACAUGUGCCAAACUAUUUCAUCCUCAACAAACGCACCGGUUUCCUCAUCAUCAAGGAGAACGCACCGCCGGGCACCUACCAGUUUCAGGUGCGCGUCUCCGAUGGAGUCUGGCCGGAUGCGGUUUCCACGGUAACGGUCCACGUGAGGGAGCUGCGAGACGAGGCCAUUCACAGCUCGGGCUCUCUGCGGCUGGCAGACAUCACAGCCAAAGAGUUCAUCGACCUGAGGGGAAAGCAGCGCAGCCGUUACGACCUCCUGGUGGAUUUCCUCUCGGAGAUGUUGUCGGUGCCUCCGGAUGACGUCAACAUCUUCAGCCUGAUGGACGUGAGGGACAGGAUGCUGGACGUCCGCUUCGCCGUGCAUGGACCGCCGUUGUUCUUACAGCCAGAGAAAAUGCAUGGCUACCUCGCCGCCCACAAGCAGAAGCUCCAGUCCUUCAUGCAGACCAGCGUGUCCCAGGUGCGGGUGGAUGAGUGUCCCUCCUCCGAGUGUCCAGGGGCGGGGGGUUGCACCACGGUCCUGAACGUGCGGGACACUCCCACUGUGGUGGACUGCGGGACCAUGAGCUUAGUGUCUGUGACGGUGGAGUCCACAGCGGUGUGCUCUUGUCCGGGCAGAGAGCAGUCCCACCAGCCCUGUGCCGCUUACCCCCGCAACCCCUGCUACAACGGGGGCAUCUGUGUGGACACUCAGCACGGGUACAGGUGCCAGUGCCCAGCGCAGUUCGAAGGGCCCGAGUGCCAGCAGAACAAGCACAGUUUCCACGGCAACGGAUACGCCUGGUUUCCUCCCAUGAUGCCCUGCUUUGAGAGCCAUGUGUCGCUGGAGUUCAUCACUGACGUGGCUGAUGGAUUACUGCUGUACAGCGGUCCCCUGGCGCAGCUGCAGGCCUGGGACUACGAGGACUUCAUGGCCAUAGAGCUAAUAGAUGGGACCCCGACGCUGAAGAUCAACCACGGCUCGGGCACAGUGGUGCUGCAGUUACCUGGCAACGUCAACGUGGCCGAUAGACGCUGGCACAGGCUGGACGUCCGCAGCAACAGCAAGGAGGUGCGCUUCACGUUAGACCGCUGUGCAGGGGCUGCAGUGAGGGAGAUGGAGGGGGUGGGCAGCUGGCUGACCACUGAAGACCACUCAUCCUGUGAGGUCAUAGGCACUACUCCUAACACGGACAGACAUCUGAACAUGAGCCAAGUUUUGCAGCUCGGGGGUGUCAACGAGGACAUCCCUUACAUCUACCCCCAGCUCCAGCACAAGCACUUCACCGGCUGCAUGCGCAAUCUCAUCGUGGACAGCAAGUUGUACGACUUGGGCUCUCCGGCCGACUCCCAGUCCAGUUCUCCGGGCUGCAUCACCACUGACAGCAGCUGUGUCAACAUGGGCUACCCCUCGUGUGGCCACCGGGGGCGCUGCCAUGGAGAGUGGGGGUCCUUCAGUUGCCAGUGUAUUCCAGGUUACACAGGGCACCAGUGUGAGGAAGUGGCCCCGGAGUACUCCUUUGAUGGGAACAGUCAUGUCCAUUACCAGCUGACGUCCCUGCUGCCACCGCGAAGGACGUUUGUUCAAGUCCUGGUCCGAACACGCAAGCACAGCAGCACCAUCCUCAGCCUGAUCUCCAAGGAGCAGAACGAGUACAUACGGCUGGAGAUCUUCCAGGGUCUUCUUUGUGUGCUGUAUAACCUCGGCGACGGAGAGUACAACCUAACUCUGCCCGUGUACCGGCUGGACAAUGGCGAAUGGCACGAGGUGUUCCUGGAUCGUCACGACAAUGAGAUGACCUUACGAUUGGACGGAGGCGGCGGUCAGCGGGAGAUCACAGGGUCGCGUGGGCGGAGUCGAGAAAUCAUUAUCGACCCCAGCGUGAUCAUGCUCGGAAAUACUGUUCCUUCAGGAGUUAACAAGAGCUUUCAAGGGUGCAUGAGGGAUCUGCGCUUAAAUGGACGGUACAUGCCUCUGGACAGUCAGCCACGAGAUGGGGUUUCGCAGUUCAGCGUGCAGGGGCUCUCCCUCGGGUGCUCGUCCGACUCAUGCAAGAGGAACCAGUGUAGUCCUCCUUUCACCUGUGUGGAUCUGUGGAGAGUACAUGAAUGCAGGUGUCCCCCCGGUCACAUGAUCCGCGUCAACGGCACCAGGAAGUCAUGCGUGUACACCCUGUGUGCUACCCGGCCCUGCCACCGAGGGACCUGCGUGGCUCAGUCUCCCUCCAAGUUCACCUGUCACUGUCCUGAGGGCUAUAGGGGACGCCACUGCGAGACCACCCUGGCCAUCUACAGGGAGGACGUGGGCCUCAGCUUCAGCUCGCUCUUCGCCAUAUGCAUCUGCUUCAUGGCUCUGCUGGCGCUGCUCUUGGGCAUCUUCUUAUACACCCGCUGGAGGAGCUACAAGGGCCUGAAGGAGGGAGUGUACCACGUUUCGGCUCACCACGACGGCUGGGAGGACAUCAGGGAGAACGUGCUCAACUAUGACGAAGAGGGAGGCGGCGAGGAAGACCAGAAUGCGUACGACAUGGCCGAACUGCAGAAGUCCCUCCAGCCAAGUCCGGCACAAUCCAUCCAGUAUUGCCGCUCACGGGCCUUACACCACCCGCCUCCGCCCCAUCACCACCACCACCCGCCUCACCUGCUCCACCAGACCUCCUGCCCCUCCCCGGCCCCCACCUCCAUCCCCCCUCUGGACCCCCUGAGCCGCACCCCAAGCUCCAGCACCCUUCCCCCUUCCGUCGCCUCCUCCUCCGCCUCCACGGCCACCACCUCCGCCAGUCUCCGCCGGGAUGUCCCACCCACCAUCGCCAGACCCCCCGCCCAGGGCCAGGCACGCCCCUCCCAGCUGGCCCGCCGUUCCCUCUCCUUCUCCAGUCAGGACCUGGCGCGUUACCUGUGCGAGAUCAUUCGGGACGCCGACCAACACCCCGACACUGGACCGUUCGACUCCCUGCAGGUGUUCUCCACGGAGGGAGGGGGUUCACCUGCGGGGUCCCUCAGCUCCUUCAGCUCCGCGGGACUGGACGGGACUAGCAGCGCGGAGGGGGCGGGGGAAACGCGGAGAGAGGAGACGCUAGCCGAUUGGGGCCCCAGGUUCGAGAAGCUGAGGGCGCUGUACGAGCGCGCCGAAGCCAGCGACUUAUGA